GACGGCUACGAUUGCGUGGUAACGAUAAAAUGAAAGUGGUCAACUAAAAGUUACAUAUAAUUAACAGAUCCCCUAGUCUAAUUAUAUCAAUAAAUAAAUGAUAAAUCAGUGUAUUCAAAUUUAGAGUGUUCAGUGCUCUCGGGCUGUUUGCAGUCUGCAUUGGCUUGCUAAAGCUCCCUGUUUUAAGCAGUUAUUACUUGCGUGCCCAUCUAGCUACUCCAAUGGAAGAAGACAAUAAAAAUUCUCAGGUUAAGAAUAAGGAGAAAAAUUCAGACCGUUCAGUGCGUCCAAUUGACGAAUAUACUGAGGAUGGCUCUGUGGAUCUUCAUGGGAACCCAGCACUAAAGAAAAAAACAGGGAACUGGAAGGCUUGCCCAUUUAUUUUGGAGUCAUUUCAGUUGUUGGAAAUUGGAUUAUUGCAUAUCAAUGGCUAUCAACUUAUUUUUGAUGCAGGAAAUGAAAUGUGUGAGAGAUUGGCAUACUAUGGGAUCAACACAAAAAUGGUAAACUAUUUAAUAAAGGGUUUCAAUCAGGGCAAUUCUACUGCAGCCAAAACUUUCAACAAUUGGUCUGGAACAUGUUACAUUACACCUCUGAUUGGGGCUUUUUUGGCUGAUUCAUAUUUGGGACGAUAUAAGAUCAUUGCCAUUUUCUCUAUUGUCUAUUUCAUUGGAAUGAUGUUAUUGACUUUAUCUGCAUCUGUGCCUAGCCUAAAGCCUCCUUGCAUCAAUUCAAAUGUUGACUGCCAUGCGUCAACUUCCCAGACUGGUGUUUUCUUCUUGUCACUUUAUCUCAUUGCAUUAGGAACUGAUGGUAUCAAACCAUGUCUAUCAUCAUUUGGAGCAGAUCAAUUUGAUGAGAUGGAUGAUGAAGAAAGGAAGAAAAAGAGUUCAUUUUUCAAUUGGUUUUAUUUUUCAAUAAACAUCGGUGCUCUUGUCUCUAGCAGUGUUCUUGUUUGGAUACAAGAUAAUGUUGGCUGGGGAUGGGGUUUUGGACUUCCCACUGUAGCUAUGGGGAUUGCAAUAUGUAGCUUCUUUGCAGGUACCACAUUGUAUCGACAUCAAAAGCCAGGAGGCAGUGCUUUAACCCGGAUAGCCCAGGUCAUAAUUGCAUCAUUUCGUAAAUGGAAUGCUAAGGUUCCAGCUGAUAAGUCUUUGCUUUAUGAAGUUCAAGAUAAGGAAUCUGUCAUUGAAGGAAGCCGAAAACUCGAGCACACAGAUGGAUUCCUCUUUCUGGACAAAGCUGCAAUAGAGACAGGAAACGAUAAAAGUGUGGCAGGUUCCAUUAAUCCAUGGAGACUCUGCACUGUGACUCAAAUUGAGGAGUUCAAAGCAAUCAUCCGCCUACUCCCAAUUUGGGCCACUGGCAUUAUAUUUUCCACUGUCUACAUUCAAAUGGGUACAUUGUUUGUAGAACAGGGAGAUACCAUGGAUAUCCACAUCGGUACUUUCAAAAUUCCACCAGCAUCCUUGUUCAUAUUUGAUACUCUCAGUGUCAUAUUCUGGGUUCCAGUUUAUGAUCGUAUUAUUGUUCCAGUUGCACGUAAAUUUACUGGGCAUCAAAGGGGCUUUACCCAACUGCAACGUAUGGGGAUUGGCUUGGUCAUUUCUAUUCUUGCCAUGGUGGUUGCGGCAGUUGUUGAGAUAAAGAGACUUGACAUGGUCAAGAAACACAACUACUAUAAUCUGAAGAAUGUACCCAUGAGCAUUUUUUGGCAGGUGCCUCAGUAUUUCCUAGUAGGUGCUGCUGAAAUUUUCACCUUUAUAGGACAAUUAGAGUUCUUCUAUGACCAAGCACCUGAUGCUAUGAGAAGUUUAUGCAGUGCACUCUCACUUACUACUGUGGCCUUAGGGAGUUAUCUGAGCAGUCUGCUUGUUACAAUUGUAACCCACACUACAACAAAGCAUGGAAAGGUGGGAUGGAUUCCUGAUAACUUGAAUUAUGGUCAUAUUGACUACUUCUUUUGGCUCCUAUCCAUCCUCAGUGCUCUGAACUUUCUGGUUUAUCUUGCUAUUUCACGUUGGUACACAUACAAGAUGCCCACAGGAACACGGCUUGAAAAAUAAGAGGUCUGUACAUAGAAAGUUGUCAAAAUGCAAAUGGAGCAUCCCGUUCGUUUACUUCCAAGAAGCUUUGUAAUAUGUUAUGAGUGCUUUUGUUCGAACUUCUUUUCAUUCUCAACGAGAGAUUUGGUAGUCUGGCAAAGGAAUCUUUUCAGCAGACUUAAGAUAUAAUUUGUUUCAUGUUGAUGACAAGCUCCUUGCCUUCAAAUUUCUGUCAAGAUGUAAUUGAUUGAAAAAUUUAUAUUAAUGCAUGAUGAAAAUAAUUAUUUUAAGAAUUA